AUGACGGCAGCCCAAAAGAAGGGACAGCAGGCAGGCAGUAGUAUGGUGGCAUAUCAAUUCAAGCGUGGCCAGUGCAGCUACACUUUCCGAGUGCCACACCUUCAGUGCUGCAGCCCCAAAUCCACCACCUUGGGGGCUUCCAACAGCACUCAGCAAGAGGAUUCAUUCAUGAUGCAGAUGAGGUUGUUGUUCGACCGUCAGACGGAAAAGCUGGAGAACGCACUGAGGAACAGCACACAGAGGCUGGAGCAGCUGAAGGAAUACAUCAGGACAACCUUGGGGUCAGAGCUUCAGCAGGCCCAGAAAAACAUAGUUCAGAAUCACACGACCUCCAUACUGCAGCUGGGCACCAGCCUUCUGAAGGAGAUCAAAGCCCAGACACUCAAGCUCAUGGACACGCAGGCUCAGGUGAGGAACCCGAUGUCGCACACGGAGCACCGCGUACUGGAGGCUUUGCAGACCACUGACAAGCUAGAGAAGCAGCUAGAGGAGCAGAGAGUGAGGCUAAAGCAGCUUCACAGCAGCAACAGUGACCUGGAGACUCGGCUGCACACCCUGGAGACUGACCAGGAGGCUCAGCUGGUGGAGCUAGAUGACAUGAGGCAGCUCAGGGAGGAGUUGGGCCAACAGCUGGAGAGCCUGUCCCACAUCAGCCAGGACUUGAAAGCCCUGAACAGCAGCCGCAGCAUCCUGUACCAGCAGCAGGAGCAGCUAAAACAGAGCCUGCAGCUCCUCAAGCGCUUGAUAGAGCAGAGCCCAGAUGCAAAUGUGCUGAAAUUCCAGGACUGUGAGGCUGUCCGCAGGUUUGGGUUCCAUAAUGACGGUGUCUACACCAUCUUCCUGCCUUUCCUGAAGCAGUUCAAGCGGGUGUUCUGCGUGAUGGAUCCAAGUGGAGGAGCCUGGACCGUCAUCCAGCAUCGGGAGAAUGGCAAAGUGAAUUUUGACAGGAACUGGGAGGACUACAAGCAGGGAUUUGGUGACCCAGCUGGAGAGCACUGGCUGGGUAAUGAGGCGGUGUACCAGCUCACAAGCAGCACUAACUACUCCCUGCGUGUGGAGAUGGAAGACGGGGAUGGCAGCAAGUUCUACGCCAACUUUGAGCAUUUCAAGCUGUACAGUGAAAAACAGUAUUACAGAAUUUUUCUGGACAAGGAUAGUGGUGUGUCAUCUCGCAAUGGUCUGCUGAUCCUGAAGAACAACAAGUUCAGCACCCGGGAUGCAGAUCAUGACAACUGUGGCUGCAACUGUUCAGAGAUUAUGUCUGGAGGAUGGUGGUUUGAUGCCUGUGGCAUGUCCAACCUCAACGGCAUCUACUACCAAGCUGGCCAGCACAGGAGGAAGAUCGAUGGCAUCCGCUGGGACCAUGCCUCCAGUGACUCUGUCUCUUCUCUCCGCACCUCCCGCAUGAUGAUGAGGCCCUUGCACAACUAG